ACGGUUGUAUUUCAAGAGUUGAUCCCGUCUAGCUAGAGCCAUAUUUGGGUUGUUUUUUUUUUGUUUCACGUACGUGGUGGUGUGUACAGGGACAGAUGUUAGCUAUGAUUUUUUUUCCAAAUAUUUUAUAAGUGUCGUGUUGGCUAAACACACAAUAUGCGGUUAUGUGUGAAAAUUGCCGUUUUACACGAGUCCGAGCCCCCUUAUAUAGCUGGUGAGAUGUAGGUUAUCAAAAGUACCCCCUGUCGCUAAGCAGCAGUCAGUGGGCGUAUCUCGACGGUGUGUCCAUAGCUAGCUAGUUAGCUAAUCUCCUUUGGAACUUGUUGCCACCUUCAGCUGCGACGCGGUUAGUUACUUAUACAGCUGUCUGUGUUAUGACAGAAGAGUGGGUGACCCAGAUCCCUCCUUCAGCCGUCUAACUGAACAUAGUCGUCUAGAUCGCUCGGGGAGGCGCUUGCAUGUUCGCUGCGGCUCACUUUAGGAGCGACCCAGGAAUUCCCCUUCCUGGUGGCACAAAGGACUGAGGGGCGCGAGCGGGCGAUGACGCAAUCCGCCGGCAACGCGCCGGUGACGUCAGCGGCGGCAGUUGAGAGCCCGAAGCGAUUAUUAUACAGUACUUUGUUACUGUGAUCCCCUUUCCCCAAAGAAGUCCACCCUGUGACACACUGGGGUACUUAGUGGCUGAAAGUGGCAGACACGUGGCGCAAAUGAGCAAGCUGCCCGCGCAGAAGCUGACCACAGACCAGAACGGCGUGAGCGUGAUCCAGACCCAGGGCCAGCCCCACGCCAGCGGUCUGCAGCAAGUGCCGCAGCUGGUGCCCGCCAGCAGCGGGGGAGGCGGCAAGGCCGCGCCCCCCAGUAAGGCAAGGAAGUCUGCCGCCGACAAGAACAGCGAGGAGUACCGCCAGCGGCGCGAGCGCAACAACCUGGCCGUCAAGAAGAGCCGUUUGCGCAGCAAGCAGAAGGCCCAAGAUACGCAGCAGCGGGUCAACGAGUUGAAGGAGGAGAAUGAGCGGCUGGAGGCCAAGAUCCGUCUGCUCAGCAAGGAGCUGAGCGUGCUGAAGGACCUGUUCCUGGAGCACGCACACAACCUGGCCGACAACGUCCAGGCGCCAGGCACCGAAGCUUCUGGCACCAACAACAACCAAUGAGAGAUGGAGGACAAUCCAGAGGCUUGGUGGGUGAUGGGGGGGAGGGGGUGGAUUUGGAGCCGUUCUUAUUGCCUCUGCUUUUUACACUCCGAACAGUCUGCUCUCCAUCAGCUGAGCAGCAGACCAACGAUUCCACGUAGCGCUUCUUGGUUCUAGAGAAACAUUUCUGAGACAUCUCGCCCUCGAUGCAUUAUCUCUCUACACCGGCUUGUUCUCAUGACGUUUGACAUGUCCUGUUUGCCCGGCAACACACCUUUAUGUUAACAUGUCCGUCUAAACCAAUCAAAUUCAUGCGAAGACCCUCAUUUGAUUAGUGAUUAGUCAAUAAUAUGUUUAAGACCUAAAUGAUUAGGUCUAUACAAUCUUUUAUACAUUUUUAGAGAAAUGCACUCUAUUUAUAUCAGGAUUAACUGGAUUACAUCCACCGUGCAGUUUGUUUGAAAUCAGUUUAAUCAAUCCGAAGUUAUGGCGCAGAAGACUCCCUUUCAGCCCCGUCUUAAAACUUUGCAUAAUGUUCAUUUGACAAAUUGUUCUGCGGAUUAGUUGUUUUGGAACAUUCGAACAGCACAGGAAAUGAAACCAUGGCUUCUGACAUACAGAAAGCGCGCUGGCUCCUGAGUUUUUUGGGGGGAUUUCAGGGUAUUUCUGCUCCUCAAGCUUCUCUGCCAAGUGCCAGGAUGGAUUGGUGACUGCCCGAGGCAUCAAAAUUGCAGUUAAAUCGUCUGUUGGGGUUCGGCGCUCUUCCUGCGCUGGCGGUGGUGGUUCCAUUCACCGGGAGCAGAGCGGGACGCGUUCUGGCCUGAACUGGCAGGAAGCUGUCAGGCUGUAUGAAUGUGUGCUGAACAGUAGAGGAGUCCCCGCUUUUUUGGUUGUUCGCGCUUAAUUUGGAAUUGCAGCUUUCAUCGGAUGCAUUUCCGUGCCGAGCAGGUCGUUCUUUAUAGGAAACUGACAUUGAGUAAAGGAAGAAAACUCACCAUUAAUACUACUUCAGGAUACGCAAAGGAGGUGUGUUCCAGUAUGUCUUUGUUACAAAUCUUUCUAUUUUGUAUUGAACAAUUGCAUGAUAAAUGCUGUCAAAAUAUUCUGUUUGCACUGCUGAAACAAGGAACAAUAUUGUAACACUUAAUAUUUUCUAGGUGGAUGGUUUAAAAUAAGUAAUAAUGUGGACGAAAUAUGUGUAAAAAUAACUAAGGCAGAUUUUUCCAUUUGGAGAUCUGGUUGAUAUAUUUUACUAAACUACGAAUGUUGCUGGGCAGCGUUUGUCUGUAAGUUGUGACAUGCUUUUUUUACAAUAAAAUGUUAGGUGUGAUGCAUAAACUGUAAAUUAAAAUCAAAUAAAUGACCUUGCUUAAAA